CAGGCUUGUAGCGUCAGUCCAGCUCAGUUCAGUACGUGAAACUUGGCAUGCUCGCAUUUUGUGGGAAGAAAACACAGAGAGGGGGGUUUGCCUUUGCUUUUUUAUCACAUGCAGAAGAGUUUUCAAACUAGGAUCUGUCGAGCGAUGAGGACUCUAAUCUACAUCCACCACGGAAAAGCAGGAGGGCUGGGCGUCACUUAUUUGACGGUCUGACGCCGUGGGCUUUGUUCAAAAGUUACCAGAACAUAAAGGCAAAACUGCUUUUUGUGUCACAGAUGCAACACAGAGUGGAUUUCUGAUUUAAUGAAACAUGAUUUUGAGGAAAAUACAACCAGGAUCCUGCAGAGCAUGGCUGUCUCGGGUUUCCUUAAGGCAGGAGCUGUGUUUCUCCUCCUCCGUGCCCUCCCAGCCUGUGCCCCCUUUGGCCCAGACCCUGCAGGGCUACCUGAGGGCCCUGGAGCCCCUGCUGCCCCCAGAAGAGCUCAGCCACACCCAGAAGAUGGUGCAGGAGUUCGGCAGGCCGGGCGGCCUCGGUGCACACCUGCAGAAGGGGCUGGAGAGGAGAGCCAAACACACCAAGAACUGGAUCACACCCUGGUGGGUGCAGUGGGCAUACUUGGAGAGCAGACAGCCGCUGCCUGUGCACUCAAGCCCGGCCAUUUCUCUGCCGAGGAGGGAUUAUAAUGGCUGGAGGAGCCAGCUAGUGUUUGCUUCCAAACUCAUAGCGGCAGUUCUGGACUUCAAGGCCAAAAUCAACAGCGGCCAGCUGCCGGUCGAGUACGUGCGAGGGAACCCUCUCUGCAUGGAGCUCUACCCGCUUCUCUUCUCCUCCUGCAGGAUCCCCGGUCCCAAACACGACCACAUCGCCUACCACGGCCUCUCCCGACGCUCGCCGACACACAUCACAGUUGUCAGGAACUACCAGUUCUUCCAGCUGGAGGUUUACAACAGUGACGGCUCUCGGAUGACGGAAAGUCAGAUCCACAGCCAGCUGCUGAGGAUCAGGUCUCAGUCCUGGAAGACGGACAAAGAGCCGAUGGGCAUCCUGACCAGUGAGCACCGUCACACGUGGGGAGAGGCCUACAACCGCCUGCUGAGAGAUAAACUGAACAAGGAAUCAGUGCGGCUGAUAGAGACGGGACUUUUCUCCUUGUGUCUGGAUUCUCCAGUCAUGAGGAUAUCAGAUGAGAAGUACGCCAGCCGCAAGGCAGCACAGGUUCUGCAUGGAGGCGGGACGUUCUCCAACAGUGGCAACCGCUGGUUUGAUAAAACGCUGCAGUUUGUGGUGGGUGAGGACGGCUCGUGGGGUCUUCUGUAUGAACAAGCCAUAGCUGAGGGUCCACCAAUAGCAACGCUGCUGGAUCACAUCCUGGAGUACUGUGAGAAACCAGACCCAAAGAGAGCGCCGCUGAUCCCUCUACCGAUGCCCAAGAAGCUUUACUUUCACAUAGACCGAGACAUUAAGAGGGACAUCGAGCACGCCAAGCAGAACCUCGAUAUACUGAUCAACGACCUCGAUGUGAAUGUGUUCAACUUCAAGAGGUUUGGCAAGGACCUUCCCAAGCAGCACAACAUGAGUCCGAACGCCUUCAUCCAGGUCGCUCUGCAGCUCGCCUACUACAGAGUUCACAAUGAAGUCUGUGCUUCCUGUGAUAUUAUCUCUCAGCGGAUGUUCCGAGGUGGGAGGACAGAAUAUAUCCGCUCGCCCACAAAUCAGACGCUCAAGUUCAUUCUUGCUUUUGCUGAUCCAUCUGUAUCGCGGGAGGCAAAGCUACAACUGUUCAGAGAAGCUGUUGAUACUUAUGCAGCUCUGACUGAUCAGACGCUUAAAGGACACGGCAUUGACCGCCACCUUCUGGGACUCAAGCUACAGGCCAUCGAGGAAGGACUCAGCAUUCCCAAAAUCUUCAUGGAUACAGCUUACGGCCUGGCAACGCACUGGAAACUCCGAACAGGGCAGGUGCCUGCCAACACGGACAGCGUGAUGUGUUUCGGGCCCCUCGUUCCCGACGGUUAUGCCAUUUGUUACAACCCCCAGGCCGACCACGUCCACUUCUCCAUCACCGCUUUCAACUGCUGCGAGGAGACGCAUGCAGAGACAAUAGCGGUCACGCUGAAGGACACCUUGUGUCAGCUGCAGGAACUACUGCAGCCUACUGUGUAGAGCUGCUCCUCUCCAAUAGGAUAUAGCCACUCUUCUACACCAAACACCAACAUUUUGUAGUCUUGAUGAGGCUUUUUUUUGACCUGUGGAUAUGUUUUUGGGCACGCUUUACUAGAGCUGUUAAAUCUGAGACAGUACUAAAGACAUGAUGUCUCUAAGGGCCUUUUGAUGCUUUUUUUUAAAGCUUUAAAUGAAGCAAUAAGUCACUUUCCAUUUCUAGCAAGAGCUGUGCAAGCAAGCCGCGUUAUGCAUGAUACAAUGGAUGCUCUUCUUGGAGGCAUCUAAAGCUGCAGAAUAUCUGGGUGAAAGCAAAACAAUGUUAAAAUAAGCCUGACACUCCAUCAUAAAUCAGAACAAGCCAGAAACAUAUGUGUGUAAAGUGAAGGUACUCCUCACAAGACAUAUGAUCAGCAGCCUCGAAUAAACAUGACUCAUGUGUUACAAAUGUUUAUGGAAACCAAUGAUUUUGUAGGUGUUUUGAAAAUGGACCAAAAGGCAGAAAGGUGGUUAUUAAUGGUGACAGUGCAUGUAUGUAUUUACUUUAUUUUGAGAUGAAUGUGAAGAGGCUUUGGCGUGUAGUUCUGCUCUCAACUUGCAGGACUGGUUAAUAAAGCCUGUUAUCACGUGA